UUUCUUUUUAACCUCCCAACUUUCACUCUCUUUUCUUCAAUCCCCUCAGUGACAGACAGAGCAGUGCAGCAGACGAGUCGACACUCCGGAACCUUCUCUUCUCUUCUCUUCUCUGCAAUGGCCGCUGAAGAGGAGUCCGUUCAACAAGCAGUUGCAGCACGUCAAGAGAGGCUAAGAGCCCUUAAAGCUGCGCAGGAACUGUUAAACACUCCAGAUGAGGAUUCCUCUCUAGUUGACUCUAAUGCUGACGAAGACAAUGAAACUAGUGAAGAAACCAUGAAAUUCCGAAAUUAUGUUCCUCAUGAUAAGAAGCUUCAGGAGGGAAAGCUUGUUCCACCUGUCCUACCAAAGUUUGAAGACCCUGUUGCAGCAGUACCUCCUCCCUCAGAGAAGAAAGAGGACCCGUUUGUGAAUAUUGCUCCUAAAAAACCAAACUGGGAACUUCGCAGGGAUGUGCAGAAGAAGCUUGAUAAGCUUGAAAGGCGAACCCAAAAGGCAAUGUGUAAACUUAUGGAGGAACAAGAGAAGCAAAAGCAAUUGGAUGAAGAUGGCAGAAAUGGUGCAGAAGACUAGCAUGGCCAGCUGCAAAUUGGCAUCAUGUAACGAACGGCAUUAGUGGAUAGAAUGACCAGCUGCAGUUCCAGCCUGGAGCGAUGUGUGGUCUUUGAUUCUCCACCUCAGGAUAUUUGUGAUCUCUGCUUCAUGAUGCUGUUGGUUUUGCUAGGCCUAGGGAUGUUUGUAUUAACAUUAUUUGUUAGUUUUUGUUACUCGGGCUUUUUGUUUACAAAUUUAAUUCUGAAUUUGUCAAAAUAUUUACAAGUUGCCCUUCAAAAGUAAAUACCCGCUGUUGAAUCCAAUUAA